AUGGAUCAAGUUAUUCCCUCUAACAGUUUAAGCUUGGCUCCUCAACAGAAUCCAAUAGUCGAAAACAAAGACACUGCUAAUGGAAUUAAUGAUGGAGACUCUAUGACUUUUGAUAACGGUAACAAUGUCAACUCAUAUAAUCAUGAUGACGAUAGAAAUAAUAUCAAUAAAGGAAUUGAUGGCAAACAAUUAUCUUCGGUUUUAGAGGAGAUGAACAAAAUUGAGAGGAUAAUUCUUCCACUUCCGGAAACAAAAGAGCAGUUGGAAGAUUUAAUAUAUCGUUAUAGAUAUAUUUCACAGUAUAGAGAUCAUAAUAAACUUGAAGUUGAGGCUAUUGAACAGGUAUUUGCUCAAAUCUCCGAUAAGCAAGACAAGUUCAAAGAAGAACUGCUGAAUUUGAGAAACAAUGCAGUAACAGGGGUGCAAUGGGAUGAGAAUCUAUUAAAAGAGCAAUUAAUCAGCUUACAGCUAUUGAGCAAAGAUGUGAAUAUUCCUGAUAACUUUCUUCAUGAGUAUAACGCUUCAUCCAAUGAAAAUGAUAGCAGUUCAAAACACAUCCAAUUGGAAAGAAUUAAACUCUCAAUUGACUUAUAUGAGUCCAGUAAACUCUUAGGUUUGCCGGAUGCUUUAACCACAUUGGGAAUAAAGCGUGGUAACAAUACUGCCCUCGGAGAUUGGGAAUCAGAAAAAAUUAUCUCUUCGCUAAUAGCAAGUAGAAUCAAAUUCCUUGAGAAUCUUCCGGCCAACUUAGGAACGUACUCAUUAAACGAUGCUUUAGAUUUCAUUACAAAAGAUGAUAUUCCUACUAGCGUUGAUGAUUUUAAGAUGCGAGCAUUAGUGGAGUUGAAGUCUUUGAAAUUAUUGACGAAGCAAAAAUCGCUGAGAAAGAAGUUAAUUGAGAGCGUUGCAUCUAAGUCUCAUAACAUUGUUCCGUCUUUACGCGACUCUCCAUACACAUUAGCUGCUCAAAGAUCCAUAAACGUUAGGCCAAAAACUAUAGUUCCUCAAACUGCAAGAUUGGCUGAAGAAUUGGAAAGACAAGAAUUAGUCGAAAAUAGGAGACGUGAAAGAAACUUGCGUUUACAAAGAAUUAAUAAUACUGUUAAUGGAAUUAACGAGAGGCUUGAAAAUGAAACUACACACCGUGAUCGCUGCUACCAAAUGGGUAAAUCCAUAGGUAACUUACAUGGUCAUCUUGAGAAAGAUGAACAACGGAGAAUGGAAAGAACUGCAAAGCAACGUUUGGCAGCUUUGAAAUCUAACGAUGAAGAAGCAUAUUUGAAAUUGCUUGAUCAAACAAAGGAUACGAGAAUUACUCAUUUGUUAAAACAAACAAACUCUUUCUUAGAUUCUCUAGCACAAGCUGUUAGAGUCCAACAGAAUGAAGUACGUAUCAAAAGAGGCGAAGAAAUCCCUCCAAUGACCGAUGAGGAAAGAGAAAAAAUAGAUUACUACGAAGUUUCCCAUAGAAUUAAAGAACAAAUUGACAAGCAACCAAGUAUAUUGGUUGGAGGUACGUUAAAGGAAUAUCAAAUAAAAGGUUUAGAAUGGAUGGUCUCCUUAUAUAAUAACCACUUGAAUGGUAUUCUUGCUGACGAGAUGGGUCUAGGUAAGACUAUUCAGUCCAUCUCAUUAAUCAGUUAUUUGUACGAGGUGAAAAAUGAGAGGCAGCCCUUUUUGGUUAUUGUGCCUUUGUCUACCAUCACUAAUUGGACUAUUGAGUUCGAGAAAUGGGCACCUUCGUUGAGAACAAUAGUGUACAAGGGAAAUCCUAACCAACGUAAAGCUUUACAACAUCCGAUUAAGAUGGGAAACUUUGAUGUGCUAUUAACAACUUAUGAGUAUAUUAUUAAGGAUCGACCACUUUUGGCUAAGCACGAUUGGGCCCAUAUGAUUAUUGACGAAGGUCACAGAAUGAAAAAUGCCCAGUCAAAGUUAUCAUACACGUUAACUCACUAUUACAAGUCAAAAAACAGACUAAUUUUGACAGGUACUCCAUUGCAGAAUAAUCUUCCUGAAUUGUGGGCUUUAUUGAAUUUUGUUCUUCCCAAAAUUUUUAAUUCUUCCAAAACAUUUGAUGAAUGGUUUAAUACUCCAUUUGCAAAUACUGGUACCCAAGAAAAGCUUGAAAUGACAGAGGAAGAAACUCUUCUUGUGAUUAGAAGAUUGCACAAGGUCUUAAGACCAUUCUUAUUACGUCGUUUAAAAAAGGAAGUAGAAAAAGAUCUACCGGACAAAGUAGAAAAAGUUGUUAAAUGUAAAUUAUCCAGUUUACAACAACAACUAUACCAACAAAUGUUGAAACAUAAUGCGUUUUUCAUAGGUGCAGGAAGCGAAGGAGCAACUAAAGGUGGUAUUAAGGGUUUGAAUAAUAAGGUCAUGCAAUUGAGGAAAAUUUGUAAUCAUCCGUUUGUCUUUGAUGAAGUCGAAAAUGUUAUCAAUCCUUCCAGAGCUAACUCUUCUCUGUUAUAUCGUGUAAGUGGAAAAUUUGAACUAUUAGACCGUGUCCUACCUAAAUUUAAGGCAUCUGGUCACAGGGUCCUAAUAUUUUUCCAAAUGACACAAGUUAUGGAUAUUAUGGAGGACUUUUUAAGAAUGAGAGAUCUCAAGUAUAUGAGGUUAGAUGGUGGUACCAAGGCUGAAGAUAGAACUGGGAUGUUAAAAUUAUUCAAUGCUCCAGAUUCAGAGUAUUUCUGCUUCUUACUUUCUACAAGAGCUGGUGGUUUAGGGCUAAAUCUUCAAACCGCUGAUACAGUUAUUAUCUUUGACACAGACUGGAAUCCGCACCAAGAUUUACAGGCCCAAGAUAGAGCUCAUAGAAUUGGUCAAAAGAAUGAAGUGCGUAUUUUAAGGUUGAUUACAACCGACUCUGUGGAAGAAGUUAUUCUUGAAAGGGCCAUGCAGAAAUUAGAUAUCGACGGUAAGGUCAUUCAAGCGGGUAAAUUUGAUAACAAAUCUACUGCUGAAGAACAAGAGGAGUUCUUGCGUAGGUUGCUAGAAGGAGAAACGAAUAAAGACACUGAAUUAGCCGGAGAGUUGGAUGAUGAAGAACUCAAUGACAUUCUUGCUCGUAACGACAAUGAGAGAAUCUUAUUUAAGAAAAUGGAUGAACAACGUGUAGCUGCCGAAGAAGAAGAAGCUAUGGAGAUGGGACUCAAAAAACCACUUCCAAGAUUAAUUACUAAAGAGGAGCUUCCACCUAUAUUCAGAGAAGAUAUCACGGAUCAUCUUCAAACAGAACCUGUUGCUGUUGGAAGGAUCAGAGAAAGAAAACGGGUUUACUAUGAUGAUGGAUUGACUGAAGAGCAAUGGUUACAAGCUGUAGAUAAUGAUGAAGAUUUGGAUGAAGCCAUUGAACGUCAAAGGCUUGCUCGUGAGAGGCGCCAAAGAAAGAUGUUAGGAUUGGAUAGUCAGGACAAUAGUGUUGAACCUGAUGAGCAUGAUUCUGUACAAAAUACAGAGGAAACGGCAGUUCCUCCUCGUGAAACUGGAAGAACACGUUCUAGAAGGAACGUAACCACACCUGCUGCAACUCCUGAGGAAGUGCCAGAUGUGAAAGAAGUCAAAAAGGAAGAGGAACCUCCAAAAAAGAAAAUCAAGUUAAAAUUAAACAUGAAAAAGGAGGAACCCGCAAAAGUGGCAAAAGCGGAACCAAUCAAACCAAAAAUUGAUUCAUUGCUAAGUAACCUUAGAGAAUUGGUAGACCCUUCAGAUGAACAUUCUAGGACGUUUAUCUUUGAGAAACUUCCCUCAAAGAAGGACUAUCCGGACUACUAUAAAGUUAUUGAAACACCAGUAGCCCUUGAAACGAUCACAAAGAAAUUAAACAAGAAGCAAUACAAGUCGUUGGAGGAUGUUAAACAUGAUUUUGAUACAAUGUUCAAAAAUGCCAAAUUCUAUAAUGAAGAAGGAUCAUGGGUUUACGUUGAUGCUGAAUUCCUAGAAAAUUUUGUUAACGACUGGUUUGGAAACAUCAAUUGA